GGUUGGUCAACGACGACUCUACCUGUGCGAAGCCAGCAAGUCAGCUUUUUUUAUAUCUUCUUUGGAGAUGCAGUUAGUUCAGUAUUGGAAGAGGAAGCAACCAGUGGUUUAGUGUAGGGAACUGUCGAUUUGGGCUACUUUUUUGGGCCGAUAAGAAAGCACAACUCAAUCGCGAUUAGUAGACGACCUUUCGAGCACUUAGAUUAGAGAGUCUUCGCUUAUUUAAAUUUCAUCAGAAACAGCACCAUGGGCGAAAAGAUAUCGCCGUCAGUCGUUUCCAGCGGACCACGCCGGUCUUCACCGGACAGCUCCAAAGAGGUUAAGCCAAAGCAGCAGCGGAAGAGUCGCGAGGAAAAGCUGGACCAAAUGUUGGGCCCACGUUCGGUGGAACCGACCUACGCCGCGGACCUUCCCAAGCAAAAGUCCGUCCUGGUCACGUACAUUCUGUGGCUUUUCGGGGGAUUCUUCGGACUGCACCAUCUGUACCUGCACCAGGAUCGGCGGGCGUUCGUAUGGUGGUGCACGCUGGGCGGAUACUUUGGCAUUGGAUGGAUCUCGGAGUGCUACCAGAUUCCGGCCAUGGUGCGGGAUGCCAACGAAGAUCCGCGCUUUGUCGAGGAGUUCCGGGAGAAGCUACGAACUCAUCCGAAGCCGCCGUUUUCGACGCCUCGGUUCGUGAUGGCCCUGAUGGUGGGAUUCCUGUUUGGCCAGAUGAUUCUGCUGUCCAUUCCGCAGGAAGUGUUUGGUGGAAUUGACUGGGGUUUCAUCCAUUGGCUGGUUCCGCUUGGAAUUGCGCUGGGAAUUUGGACCGUCGGCAACAUGGGACGCGAGAAGGGAGUGUUCUGGCACUGUCUGGUAGCGGCUUACCUUGCGUAUCCGAUUCGGUACUUUGUUCUCGAUGAGUCCUACUGGUUCAUGGCGGUGUCUUCGGUGUCUGGAUUCGUGUUUGACCACUUUUCCAAGGAGUGGGACACGAAGGUUCCCAAGCGACAGAAGCUUAUGAAGAGAGCCUCCAUCCUUGUCCCGUGCAUCCUGGCGUACCUUGCCCUCUGGGGAUGCUUCCUGUACUUUAACGGAACCAUCACCGACUCGGACGGAGACGAAGUCCCAGUGCACGAAGCGAUUCACAACUUUAUCAAAUCCCCCUGGUGGACCGACCUGAAGCAAACGAUCCACGACACGAUUCUGUUCGCGCAGCACAACGGAUGGGCCGAGGUGUGGAAGCAGAUCGUGGACUCGAUGGACGCCGACGGGGAGCAGAACGCGUACAAGGUGUUGGGCGUUAGUCCGACCGCUUCCCAGGCGGAGAUUACGUCGGUGUGGCGUAAGAUGUCCCGCGAGAACCACCCGGACAAGGUGAAGGAGGAGAGCCAGCGACGGGCCGCCCAGGAACGGUUCAUGGAGAUUCAGCAGGCGUACGAGAUACUGAGCAAGAUCAAGUCCAAGAGGCGCGCUCGGAACAAGAAGUCGAACGAGGAGCUGUGAGGCUUUUUUUUACGAAUAGAGGUUUUGCUUUCAACUGUAUUUAUUUAUAUAAUUUUCAAACGUGCUGAAGUGUCUCGAAAUAACAUGAACUGUAAAUAUCAUUGGACUGAAACAAUAAAGAUAUUCAAAAGUUGGUUUCAAUAAA